UUGUGUCUUGGUUUGGUAAGGUGAAUGUGAAUAAUCUUCCAAAAGAAAAACUUUCUAUGUUUUCCUUUAUUUCCUAAAAAGUUAUUGGAACUAAUUUCUGAGAAAAUUCUCAUAAAUAAUAGAAUUAAAUUUGAAAUAAAAUAAAGUGAAAAUUAAGCGUUAAGUGAAUGAAUUUUUGAGAGAAGUUGAAAAAUCUUUAUUUUCACGGGACAUCCUCAUAAUAAAAUUUAUUUUGUUUUGUUAAAUAUUUGUUUAUCUUAUUCUAAGGGAUAAGCUUUGAGUUUAAGUGAAAUAGGAAACAUUAAAAUAUAUUUAUUAAAAAUCUAUUUUAAAGUAAAACAUUCAAACAAAUUCAUUAAAAAUUAUUGAAACCGAAGAAAUAGAAAAUAAAAUGGCCCUAGAUUUCGUCGCCACAUACAAAGUCCUUGUUUUAGGCGACUCGAAUGUUGGCAAAACCUGCAUUGUUCACAGAUAUUGCGAUGAAAAAUAUUACGACACAUAUAUCUCAACAAUAGGUAUCGACUUUAAGCAAAAGCUAAUAAACUUAGAUGGAGUUCCAAUUAAAUUGCAAAUAUGGGACACAGCUGGCCAGGAGAGGUUUCGCACACUAACAACAGCCUAUUAUCGUGGAGCCAUGGGCAUCCUUUUGAUGUACGAUGUUACAAAUUUGGAAAGCUAUAAUAACUUGUCUUAUUGGCUACGUAACAUCCAAGAGAAUGCAUCACCGGAUGUUGUGAAAGUCCUUGCCGGUAACAAAUGUGAAUGCUCGUCCACACAAAGGAUGGUCGAUAAGGAAAGAGGCGAGAAGAUUGCUGAAAACUUUGAAAUGCCAUUCUUUGAAGUGUCAUGCAAAUCAAAUAUUAACAUAGAAGAAGCUUUCUUAGCACUUGCCAGAAAAAUUAGAGAACAACGAGAACAUAGGGGUGAUAAUUUUGAUACGGAUGACAAAACUCAAGAAAAGAAAUCACCUGGCUCCACCGGACUUGGUACAUUUACGUUAGGUAGUAUUUCCGAGGGUAGUCGUUGUUCCUGCUAAGUUUUUACUUUUUGUUUUUAUUUUUUUGAAAAAUUCUAUAAUAAUCUUUGUUCUUUUUUAUCAAAGAAAAAAAUCAAUUGAUUUAAAUAAAAUUGUUUCUUCAGAAAAAAAAAUCAAAAAAAGAAACUGACCUUAGUAUUAAAAUUUAAAAUUUAAUCGUAUUUUUGUUAACUCAUUAAAAUAAAUAAAUAUAACAUAAUUAUAAUAUUUAUCAUCAUAAACAUCAUCAAAUUCAUUAACUAUAAAAUAUAACACUUGCAUCACAUUUUAGAGUUAUACCUAUAAUGUAUGUCUUCAACAUAACGAUAUACUCGUAAAACAACAACAAAAAGAAAAACAUGAAAUAAUUAUUUUAUUUAGCACAAAUGACACUUACAUCAUCCUUUAUACAACAUCCAUUUGCAUUAUAUGUAACAUCGAACAAAACAAAAAAGUUUAAUAUUAUAGAAAACAAAGAUAAAUAAUUAUUUCCAAAGUCAAAGAGAGAAACCAAAUAAUUAAAGAAAAUUAUGGUUUUAAAAAUAAUUUAAACUCUUAACACAUAAUUUUAAAAGUGUAUUUAAAAUUACAAUACAAUUUUAUACUAAUGAACAAAAAGAAAACGAAAUCGAAAAUGUUAAAAUGAACUGGUUUGAUUAUUUGUACAGAAAAGGAACAAAUUAUUUAAAAAAAAAAGGAUAAUUUAUAUUUAUAUUUAUUUUGUAUUCACAAAACUUAGCCUUAUUCUUUUGUAAGCUGUUUUUGGUGUCAAAAUAAUGAAUGACCUUUUUUACACAAGAAAACUGAAUUUCCAGAUAGUUUUAGUUUUUAGCCAAUAAGAACAUGUAGUAAGGAAAGUGAAAGAAAUCACUAUGUCCGUAAGAUUUGUUCACUUUCUUUUCGCUGCGGAAACUGUUAAAAGUUUUGCUAAGAAAAUGCAUUACAGAAUUGUUCCCCUUAAAUGGUUCUAAGAAAAGUACACAACAUUUCACUAUAAUCUUUUUUAUGGUAACCUAAUUAGUUGCCAUACAAGUAACCUAUAGUGUUGAAAUAUUUUCACAUUCGUUGACAAUAUAUGUAUGUAAUACAUGUAAUUUUGUUUACUCGUGUAAAACGUCAAAAAAAAAACAACAAAUAGCUCUAAGAACAAAGUUUCCUUUAUGAGAAGGGCGCAUGAGUGCAACUUCGUGUACAUGUGCGGAUGAGCUGUCAAAUUUCAAGCUAAACCUUUUUUUAUAAUUGUAUCAGUAUAAGUGGUAAAUAUACCGAAAGAUCCAGAUUUACAAAUUUGAUCAUAAAUACAAAACAAAAAAAAAACAAUUUAUUUCACCCUAUAAAAUGCAAAAACGGGAAAUUUCUGUUUUGACAGAUCUAGAUCAAAAAUAAUUUGAUUUAUUUAACCCAUGGAAAAAACUACUAGAGGUCAGUUUUUUAUCAUUUAACUUAAAAUGAAUUGUUUAAUUGUGAAC